GCAGACAUCUAGUGCUGCACUUGACAAUGUCUUCAUCAGAUGUUGUUGAGUAACGGAGCGAUGGGACAUAAAAGCUUUCGUUUUGUAUAAGCAGCUGACUGUAGAACUUGUUCUACGAUGGCGUUGCGGUUUAUCACACAAUGAAACUACAUCCUUGACAUGUGUCUUCGCUUCGCCGUUCAUGUCUGAACUCAACAAUAAUAAUAAUAAGAUGGCGACUUCUUAUCCUCACGAGUGCUGGUUUCCUUGUGCGGCCUGGGCCCGGCCCUUAAUCCUAUUACUCAGGCUGACAGCAGUCAAGACUGAUAACCCUAACACAACUUUCAAGUACCCUACAUACUCUUCUUCCAAGGCUUCAGUGAGCUCAAAGUCAGUUUGAUUGCCAAAUGAAUCGGGUUGGCCCUUCAGUUUGGCGGCGCUUUUCUUCUACAUCUUCGUCUCCAACUUUCGUAGCCAAACCUGCACCUUCCAAAGCACGCCACCAUGUCCAAAUUCCGGAUACUUCCUUUCCACUUGGCUACAGCCUUACUGGUGUACAUUGCGGCGUGAAAAAGAAUUCAUCUGUACUUGAUCUAACAGUUAUACUUUCGACCUCUUCAAAACCUGCUUCUGCAGCAGCAUGUUUCACUCGUAACGCAUUCAAGGCUGCCCCGGUGCUCGUUAGCCAGGACGUGCUUGAGAAAAGUGCUGGUCGUGCCCGUGCCAUCGUGACUAAUAGUGGAUGUGCCAACGCAGUAACUGGCAAGCAGGGCUUGGAGGAUGCUUGGGCCAUGGUCAAGGCUACCGAUGCUCUUCUCCCCAAGUCAGAGACUAGCGAAGAUAUCCACGAUACAGUCGUAAUGUCGACAGGUGUGAUCGGCCAAAAUCUUCCCAUUUCCAAGAUUCUCUCCGGAAUUUCGUCUCUUGUACCUUCGAGUCUUGGUUCAGAUUUCGCAGCCUGGGAGCGUGCGGCGAAAGCCUUCAUGACCACUGAUACAUUCCCUAAACUUCGUGCUCGGACUUUCAGCCUGGGCGGACAGACGUUCCGUAUGGCUGGGAUGGACAAGGGCGCUGGCAUGAUUCAUCCUAACAUGGGUCCCUCCACUGGCCCUGGCCAACUUCAUGCUACGCUACUGGGUUGUAUCUUGACGGAUGCCGCAGUUUCUCCGCAAGCCCUACAAUCUGCGCUCACGUAUGCAGUCGAUCGUUCCUUCAAUUCUAUCAGUGUGGAUGGAGAGAUGUCCACGAAUGAUACGAUCAUUGUCCUCGCAAACGGAGCUGCUACUGGAGAGACGAAGGAGAUGGAGGAGGAUGAUCCUCUGUUCCCAGCCUUCCGUAACGAACUUACAUCCUUCGCCGCUGAGCUGGCUCAGCUUGUGGUUCGUGAUGGUGAAGGUGCAACUAAAUUUGUCACGGUGUCCGUAGAGGGAGCACCGACAUUUACUGAUGCACAUCGUGUCGCAUCGAAGAUAAGUACAUCAGCACUGGUGAAGACCGCAUUGUAUGGCGAGGAUGCCAAUUGGGGCCGUAUCCUUGCAGCAACUGGCUCUGUUCCUUUAUCCACGCCUAUCGACCCCUACCGUGUGAACGUCACCUUUGUUCCUGCAGAUGGUAGUACUCCACUUCCAGUCUUGGUGCACGGCGAGCCAGAGCUAGUGGAUGAGGUGCGCGCGAAGGAGAUCUUAAGCCAAGAAGAUUUCGAAAUCAAGGUGGAUCUCGGCCUGGGCAGUGAGAGCGCCCAAUAUUGGACGUGUGACUUCAGCUAUGAGUAUGUACGGAUCAAUGGAGACUAUAGAAGUUGAAGGAGUCCGCUGUGUUUGUUCGAUACGUUUGAUAUCAAUGUUUUCUCGUGGCUACUGGGGUGUGGGAUCUGCAGUUGUUGAUUUGAUUUCGGAUAUACUGUCGACACUAGUGUGGCCGUGCAUUUGAUUGUCGCCGCGCGAUGAGAACAGGGAUCUAACGAGAAAAUUUCAGGCAUGAAGAUCACGCUGGUCCUGUCCUAUUUGUUCUGGCGCAUGCUAUGUCGCGUCCGGUAGAACUUCGACACAGCGGGAUGUCUCCAUUUUCCCCGACUUACUCGGCGGAAGUUGAUGGCCACCUUCGUGACGGCGUCCACAAGAACUCGAGGGAGCUUGUCUUCAAAAAUCAUGAC